AUGGCUUUGGAAGCGAGAGAGGCUCUUAUAAUGCUCGACCCGUCCGAGGAAAGAGAGAAGACGCGGAGAAGAAUGAGAUUUUUCUGCAACAAGACGGCGGUGCUCGGCGGCGACUGGGAAAAGAUGGAUCUAAGCUCGGGGUCAUCAAGCAAUAGAAGGAACAGAGGUUAUGGUAAUCGCAGAGUAUGUGCUUGUCAGUUGCCUGCAAAGAUUUUCACAGCUUGGACAGAUAAGAAUCCUGGUCGGAGGUUCUAUGGGUGUGAAUUGUACAAGGAAGGGGAGAAUAACCAUUGCUCUUACUUUGCGUGGCUUGAUGAAGAAGAAGUGAAAGGUUGGGCUAAGAGAGCUUUGAUUCAAGCUCGAGAUGAAAUAAGAGAGAAGAAGAAACGGAUCAAUGAACUUACGGCCACCGUCAAUGAUCUAACGGCCACUGUCAAUGCACUUCGUAUGGAGUUGGAGCAGCAGAAGGUGGAGAAACCAGGUUCUCGUGAAAUGGUUGUGUAUCGGCGAUGCAUAAUAAUGUGAAUUGAGAUUAAUGGAAUGGUUUUUACUUUGUUGUUGGUGUAUCAGUCAGGAGUACAAUGGAAUGGUUUUUACUUUGUUUUGUUGGUGUAUCUGUCAUGAGUACAAUGGA